AUGUCCGCCGAUCAAGUGUUCCACUCAAGAUCUGAAGGUAUACCUUCCGAGGGAGUAAAGGAUCAGUAUGCAGAUGGAAAGGCAGCCAGGACAUGGAACAAAUUCAUUGGAGACAGCAACGAGAGGACACAGAAUUAUAAGGACUUCUUGAUUGGACUCCUCAGGAAGAAUGGUUGCAAGAAAAUCUUGGACACAGCUUGUGGAACUGGGAUAGACUCCAUGAUGCUGGUAAAUGAAGGCUUCAAAGUAGUGUCAGUGGACGCGUCAGACAAGAUGUUGAAGCACGCCCUCAAGGCGCGAUGGGAGAGGAGAAAAGACUCGAAGUACGAUGAGUGGGUCAUCGAAGAAGCUAACUGGGAGACUUUACCCCGGGACAUUGAAGCUUUCCUACCCAACACACAAUUUGACGCCGUCAUCUGCCUUGGAAACUCAUUCGCCCAUCUUCUAGAUGAGUACGGUGACCAAAGGAUGCAGAAAAUGUGCUUAAGGAACUUCGCUAAAUGCCUGAAACCUGGCGGUCUGUUAUUCAUUGACCACAGGAAUUACGAUGCCAUUAUCGAUAGUGGCGCCACACCUGGACACUCUAUUUAUUACAAUUGCAAAUACCCAGUGGACAUCAAGACAUCGGUGUUAGUCGUGGGCGGCAAGGCUCAGCUGGUCGCGUUAGAUUACUGCAUCAACGACGAUGCCAACAGUGAGAAGAGCGAAUUCCGUCUGUGCUACUUCCCCCACAAACUGGACAAGUUCACCGCAAUGCUGGAUGAGGCAUUCGAUAACCGCGCCAAACACGAAAUCUACGCCGACUUCAAGCCAAUGAGCGCAGUCCCAGUACCCAGCUUUUAUAUUCACGUGUUAGAAAAAGCUUGA